GUUUGAAUAAGGUUUACUUUUUCUGCCACUGGGACAAUGUUUGAAAGCUGCGAAGGUUCUUUGUUUUUGACAAAGUAGUAAUCUUGGGUCAAAGUCCGAGCGGUACUUUUCAAGUUAUUCAUUCAGGGGCGAACGAUUAGCCGACAGACCGACAGAUAUACCCACGUAAAUGAGUGAAAUAGUUUUUCAUAAUACACGUGUCAUGAAACAUCAUACAAAUAUAUGACAUGUGAAAUUAUACGUGAUUAUAACAUUUCGUCACCAAUUGGCAUGGUCUUAUUCUUAUGUGGGGGAUACUGAACUAUAUAACGAAUAACUAGCUUGGGUGUGGCCCCAUUCGAAAGGACUAUACAGAGUGUAGUGUGUGUUAGUGUCAGAUGAACUGGUUAGCUGAAACAUGAAACUUCUUAUCAUUCUGACAAUAGCUACAGUAUCACUCAUCGAAGAGAGUUCAGCUGCUAAGAAGACUGCUCAAAAGUAUGCUCCACCAGUAGCGAUCUUGAAACAAAUAGACAAGCAUAAUGAAGAUGGGUCGUACACAUACGGUUAUGAAGCAGAAGAUGGUUCGUUCAAGAUAGAGACAAAAUACCCUGAUGGAGAGGUUUAUGGAAAAUAUGGAUAUAUUGAUGACACUGGGGCCUUGAGAGAGGUAGAAUAUGGUGCAAGUCGUAGAGGCUUUGAACCAGCAGGAAAUGAAAUCCAGGUUGCUCCACCCACUCUGAGAUCUAACAAAAAUGCUGUACUCAAACCACUAGCCCCAGAUGAAGAAGAUGAUGGUCAGUAUCGUGAAGAUCCAGCGAUAUACUAUCAAAACGAACCUAGUGCCCAACCUCAGCAAAAGCAUUACCAACAACCAGCGCCUAGAUAUCAACAGCCAGUUACCAGAUAUCAACCACGACCUGUCGCAGCAAUCCAAAGAGAAGAACCAGCAGCAGACUUUGAAAUAGAGGCUUUUAAGCCAUCCUAUAGGCCCCAAGCUCGAACCCAGCCCAUAUACAGACCGGCUACAUCAUACACCAGACCAAGACCGAGCUUGAGACCUCAGACGACAUACGUGGUAGAACCUGAAUACGAGCAAGAACCAGAACCUGAAUACGAGAGACCCCAGCCAAAAUACAGGCCUAGCUAUAGCCUUCCAAGCUAUCAGAACAACAACUAUAAUCCCCCACCACCAGCACCAGCUCCUACGCCUGUUUAUAGACCUCAAUCGAACUUUGGCUUUAGCAACACCCAACCAACUUACAAUAACCCUGCCCCUUACAGUCCAAACCCCUACACGCAUUCAGGGGCUAUCUGGAAUGGUAACCCUGCUCAAAAUGUAGACUUGUGGACAGGGUCGUAUUCUGUCAACUACAAGAGAUAAAUAUUUAUUAGAUAGGGUAUUAUGAAAUUGUACAUUGUUAGUUACCAAUAAGGUUAUUAAUAGGCUUUUGUAUAUUGUAUUUUUUAAUAAAGUCUGUACAUAAUGCUAUAUUUACCA